CCCAGCCGGGGGAGGAACCCCUCUGCCUGGAGCCCAGUGCCAGCCCCGUAGGUCUUCGGCUUCCUGACCGAGACAGAGACGCGCGCUAGGGAGCUGGUGGCCCAGCCGGGUCGCGCCGCCCCCAGCCUCGGGGCCGAGAGCCAAGAGUUCGAGGCCUCCCUAUCCGGAUAUGAUGAAAAGGAGCAACAGAGGGAGAAGUGUUUCUGGCCUGUAGGAGUGGUGGAAGAGGGGAAAGAGAGGCAGAGGGGGGAAAAGUCCCCCUCGGAGGGGAACCGGCCUGGCUGAGCUGGCUGGAAAGAAGGGGCGGAGAGCACCAGUCACAGGAGCGGCCGCCGCUGCGGUUGCCGCUGCUGCGGUGUCUGCUGAGCCGGAGGGAGGCGGGGGCCAGUCAGGGGCAGCCGCCGCCGUCAGUCUGCCGAAACCUGUGGCCCCUGCCUGAGCCUCGCUAAAGGCGGAAGAGGAGGAAGAGGAAGGGGCUUUGAGCGAGUUGGGGGGAUGCCGAGCAGUUGGUUCCCUGCACCCAACAUCUCCCAGCCCUUCGUGCUUCUGCCCCACAGGGCGGCGAGCUAGGCGGAGGCGCGGCGAGGGCUCGGUGGAGCGGCCCAUGUCCGGCGCGGGCGAAGCCCUCACUCCCGGGCCCCAGCGCGGGGCCGAGGAGGGCGGCGGCUGGCUGGGUGCCCCAGCCCAGGAAAAAUGUGAUAAAGAAAAUACUGACCGAGAUAUUACUCAAGCCACCAAUAGCUGCUUCACACACGGAGAGAAGCAAGACCAGUCCAUUUGGGGAAAUUGUUCGGAUGAUGAACUCAUCAGAACCCAGCCUCAGCGCUUGCCUCAGCUUCAAACUGUAGUGCAGGAAAGUGAGGAGGAAAUAGGCAAGAUAAAGAAUGGUCACCCAAGUCUGAGCAAUGGAAAUGGAAUCCACCACGGGGCCAAACAUGUAUCUGCCGAUAAUCGAAGACUGUCAGCACCUGUUUCUCAAAAAAUGCAUAGAAAAAUUCAGUCCAGCUUGUCUGUCAACAGUGACAUCAGUAAGAAGAGCAAAGUAAAUGCUGUCUUUUCCCAGAAGACGGGCUCUUCACCUGAAGAUUGCUGUGUCCACUGUAUCCUGGCCUGCCUGUUCUGUGAAUUCCUGACGCUCUGCAACAUUGUCUUGGGACAAGCCUCGUGUGGCAUCUGCACCUCAGAAGCCUGCUGCUGUUGCUGCAGAGACGAAAUGGGAGAUGACUGUAACUGCCCUUGUGACAUGGACUGUGGCAUCAUGGAUGCCUGUUGUGAAUCAUCAGACUGUUUGGAAAUCUGUAUGGAAUGCUGUGGAAUUUGUUUCCCUUCAUAAAUAUUUAUCUUCUGUGUGUUAAAACUGGAGAGUGUUUCAAAAUUUUUCUUAAGGAGGAAGAAAAAGCACAUGGUAAGAUUUUCAUCAAAUAACUCAGUAUUUGCACUGUUAACUCAUUAUUGUAGGUAAUCUCUGAAAACCUUUUUUUUUUUUCUAACCAAAUCAGCAUGGUUUAAUAUGUGAAAUUUUAACUCCUUUUAAACUUCUUAAUAGGUGACAAUGACUGAGGGACAUUUUGACCAAAAAAAAAAAAAAAAAAAGACAGAAAAGCAAAAUGUCUCCUCCUUUUUAUACUAUUUACAUUUCUUUUAACCAGUCUUAGGAGCCCCUAUUCCUAAUGUAUUAUUUCUCAAUGGGUAUUUAAAUCAGUCCAUUUAUUUUUGGUGUUUAUUGAUGGUUAAGAGUAAAGGUUCUUUAAGCUUUGGGAAACAAAUCCACACCCGGGUUGGGCACCCCGUGUUCACCUCCACGCUCUGUUCUCUACUUGCUCAGCGGCCAGUGAGUGCCUACUCUGUGUAAUUUCUAGCUGUAGUACAGAGGUGGAUGCCAUUCAGCUCCCAUCCAGGAGAACAUCCCCAGAUUACCAGACAAAAGAGGCGUGUAAAGAAUGAGCCAGUCCAUGGAAGAUACUGAAGUGAGCAUUAAGAGAGAGAGAAACUCAAGAGGCUGUAGGAUACACAGAAAAGAAUAUCUAAUGUCUCCUGGAAUCUUCAGAAGGCUUCCAGGGAAAUGUGGCAUAGGGGGCCUCUUAGGAUGAGUGAUUCAUCUCCUGCUUUAAUGAACUAGAUUUAGGACCAAGUUUUAGGUGGCUAGCCUGAGCUGUGUGUGCCCUUGAGCAGUUAUAAGAAUAACGCCUUCAGUCUGUAUUUUCUUUAGUUGGAGCAAGCCAUCUUUCUUCUUAAACUAUAAAAUUUAAACUAACUAAAAACAUGCAUUUUACACAUAAAUUUAGAUGUUAUAAAGUUUUGAUUAACAACAUGAUGCUUUAUAAAAAUAGCUACAUGUCAUGAAGAAUGUGGAAUACUUUGACAGAUUUCACUUAAAUUAGGAGGCUUUUUUCAUAUGAAAAUCCCAGCAUCCUGAUUUUGAUUUAUUUAAAAGUUUCGUUUUAAGAGCUUUACGUCUUUUGGAGGGGGUUGUUUGGUUAGGACACAAACCAAAAAGCCCCCCCAGUAUUUUAUAAACAGAGUUUAUCUUCAUUGCAAAUCAUUGCUUCCAAUGGAGUGGGAAUCUAGACAAAAUACUGCAAUUUUAUGUUAAGUUAAACCAAUAUGGCAGGUAUUAAGAUCCUUAAGUUUAAAGAAAUAUGUCUUGUAAUGACAAGACUUACUGUGUAGUGACUAAGACAUAGAGGCUUUGUGUGCUACAGAUCAAAAGGAGAGUAAAUUUUCAUAGUACAUGAUCUAGUAAGUUUGAUCUUUCCAAAUUGUAGUUUGGUUUGAUAUAAUGUAAUUGCUUGUAGAAAUUUUGAAAGUAUACCUUUGGAUGAGUAUUUAUUUUCACUUUUCCCGUUGACUAUCAAAUCGAUAGUUAAAAACAAAUGCAUACUUUUAGGAAAUGUAAACCUAGGCUUUUAAGAAAGAUUUUAACCCUAAAACAUAGGUAUGUCACCAAUUUUUUUUUUCCCUUUGAGAUUAAAACGUAGUUUCUACUAAUAUCAUUACUUAAAUGGCUUAAAAAAAUAGCAAACUCUCAAAUCCCCCUUUCAGUGUACUCUACACACACACACACCCCUACACAUGCACACAUACACACACAGUUAAACUGUUGGGUUCAAAUACAAUUCUGGUAAAUGGCUAUCUUUCUCAUCCUUGUCUAAAGAGCAUCUUUGAUGUAACAAAUGAAAUGUAAGAACAACUUUCUGCUAUUUCAUAGUAACCAAAAUCUGAAUAUUUACGUAUACCCAAAGUUAACUUAUGCAUAUAUAUUAGGAUAUAAGAGUUAUCAACUUUAUGUUGACAUAUAAAACCUUCUAAUGACCUGGCAUCUUUAAAAUAUAAUACUUUUUGUCCUACAAAAAUUUUCAGUCAAAUGGUUUGUCUGAUAUUUUGUGUAUUCUGCUACUAUUUGCAAUGAAGAUAUUAGCACUUUUAAAAUAAUGUUUCUCUGUAACAGAGAACAUUAAUUGACAACAGAAUUUUAUUUUCAUAUUUAUAUUCAUAGUACUUUUCCUCUCUUGUCUAUUCCAUAGUCAUUCCAUAAAGUACCUUGUAUGAUUUUCUAAAAAUAAAUGAAAAAAAUGAAAGUAGGCAAAUGUGAAAAGUUUCAAUAUCUAUUUUAGGAUUUCUGUAUGUAAAAUGUUCUCUUGAAUUAUAUGGCCCUCAUGACUAAGUGUUCUAGUUUACAGUUAUAGAUUUGGUCUCUUUUUAAAUGUGGAAACUUAAUCUUAAAUAUUUUUAAACUGGACCUGUAUUAUCCUGAAUAUCUUAUUUUGAAAUAAAAAAAUGAAU